AAACAAAGCAAGGAACAGCUGUCAUCAUUACACAAUCCCUAAAAACAUGCUCAAUUUGAAUUUCUGAGUGAAGCCCUUUCAUUCUGAAACGUUGUUUCUACCACUCAGUUACCAUUCUCUCUCUUGCUCUUCAACACUGCCAAGUGCUACUUUCUUGCACUCAAUUGUAUAACACAGCUCCAUAAUGGGAAGGAGUUUGAGUCCAAUGCUCCAAAGAGAGAUCCAAAAUCUUGACAAAGAUGCAGAUAGCCGAAAAUCUGCAAUGAGAGCAUUGAAGUCUUAUGUGAAAGAUCUAGACAUGAAGACAAUUCCUAUCUUUCUUGCUCAAGUUUCCGAGACCAAGGAAACUGGUUCUUUGUCUGGAGAAUUCACAAUUUCACUGUACGAGGUUCUUGCUCGGGUUCAUGGAGUCAAGAUUGUUCCCAUGAUAGACAGCAUUAUGCAAUCCAUAAUUCAGACCUUAGCUUCAAGUGCGGGCUCUUUUCCUCUUCAGCAGGCGUGCUCAAAGGUGGUUCCAGCCAUAGCAAGGUAUGGAAUUGACCCCACAACACCAGAAGAGAAGAAGAGGCAAAUAAUUCACUCUCUUUGUAAGCCCCUUUCAGACUCUCUCUCAAGUUCUCAAGAGAGUUUGGCAUGUGGUGCAGCCCUUUGCUUGAAGGCUCUUGUGGAUUCAGAUAACUGGCGUUUUGCUUCAGAUGAGAUGGUUAAUAGGGUUUGCCAGAAUGUUGCUGCGGCAUUGGAGGGAAAGUCUACUCAAACCAAUUCACACAUGGGUCUUGUUAUGACCUUGGCGAAGCGUAAUGCUUUGACUGUUGAAGCCUAUGCUAGAUUGCUCAUACAAUCUGGAUUGCGAAUACUAAAUUCUGGCAGUGAGCCUUUGGAGGGAAAUUCUCAGAAGCGGUUUGUAGCCAUUCAAAUGGUGAAUUUCUUGAUGAAAUGUCUAGAUCGCAGGAGCAUAUUUUCGGAGGUUGAACAGAUAAUUGAGGUGAUGGAGCUGGCUCAAUCAGACAAAAUGGCAUAUGUCAAAGGAGCUGCAUUUGAGGCUUUGCAAAGUGCUAAGAUGAUUUUGACUGAUAAAAAAUCAAGAGGUGUGAAGACUCCUGCUUCUGUGACGGGUUCAAAUUUCAGUAGGAAAGACUUUAUGGAGGGAGAAAAUUUUUCUGGUGGAGAUUGUUCUCCAUCGUCUAUUUCCCCCGAGUCACGUACCAGCACCUUGGACUUCUUCAAUGGAUUUGCAUCCCCUGUUGGGUCUCCCAUUUUAACUAGCCUGCAUUCUCCAAACCUCUACGAGCGAAGGAGUGUGAAUAGGAAGCUUUGGAGUCUUGAAAAUGGAGAGGUUGAUGUGUCUCUCAAGGAUGGUUUUUUCUCAAAGUCAGGGCAUGGAAAUGCCUCUUUGGAGCGCACUAUGGAUCAUGAAUUUUCUAAUGGAGGGGGAGAUUUAACUGGAGAGUUUACUGUUUUCACGCACAAAAGUCCUUGGCGUGGAGCAUCUAGAAGUGCCAGCAAAAGUCCUCGAAAAUCCCUCACGCAGGAGAACUUCAAAAUUUUUAUGACUCCUAGAAAGCUCAUUCACUCUCUUCAAGACCCAAAUGAUGAGAUCUCAGAUUGCUCUGAGAAACCGAAUAGAAGGAUCAAGAGUCUAUCAUCAGGCAAUAUUAUGUGGAGUACGGCAUCUUUUUCAGAAUAUGAUCAAAAUGGUAUUGCAGAUCAUGUCAACUGUGAUUCUAAAGAGAAUGGAGGCUUAUAUGGUGAUGAUCAGUUCCAAGGUGGACCAGAGUCAGUCUCAUCAACUGAUGACAAUCCUGUUAACUCUGACAUGCAGAGGCCUUCCGAGGUUGGCCCUGAAAGUAGAAGUGGUACUGAAACAGUUCUCAUGGGAAAGCCAUUUCAAAAGACUAAGCAUAAAUUAGUUUAUGGCAUUUCUUUUGCUCUUCUUGCAAUAGCAACUCCUUUACUCUGGAUCAACAGUCAGGAUGAAGGGCAUUUUCUUGUCCCGACAUAAUGUGCUCAUUCUAGUGCCUACAAACUGAUAAUUAUGAGAAUUAUAUAAUUUAUGUGAAAGUAUUACCUCAUUCCAACUAAAUGUUGGGAAUCUCAGUGUAGAAGUAGAAGAUUUGUAAAAUUGGGCACACCUAAAGUUAUUUAAUUUUUUCUCUUAGAGUCCCAACUUUUGAGUGAAUGAAAUCUCAAAUGCUGUAUUUGGAAUUGAA